CUUCUCUGGCUGCCCCUUCCUGGUCAGGUCUGAUAGGGAGGCAGCUAAAGAGGAGAAGUUAGGGAUAAAACAUCUAUAGUAGCCCGCCAACCCCAGGAAAGCAACGUACAUGGGUCUUGGUGAGGGGCCGAGGUGCGUUCUGUACUGCUUCCACCUUUUUCUCUUGGGGACGAAUGAGACCCCUCCCAACUUGAAAACCCAGGUACCUUGCUUCGAAGAGCGCCAGAUGACAUUUCUUGGGGUUGGCUGUGAGCCCAGCCCGCCGGAGUUCAGACAGCACCCUCCGCAAAAAGCUCCAGGUGAUCCUCCCAGGUCUCCGAGUGGAUCACGACGUCGUCAAGGUAGGCCGCAGCGUAAUUCUGGUGCAGCCGUAAGAUGACGUUCAUCAUGUGCUGGAAGGUUGCUGGGGCCCCGUGAAGACCAAAGGGAAGGGUCCGGUACUGCCAGUGGCCACUGGGGGUAGAAAAAGCAGUUUUGGCUUGAGAAUGUUUAGAGAGAGGUACCUGCCAGUAACCGUUUUAAUAAUGUUGUUUAAUAAUGUUGUUAAUGUUGUUUAAUAAUGUUGUUAAUGUUUUAUAAUGUUGUUCCGUUUUAUUUUUUAUGGGAGCCCAUGAUAAUUUUUUUUCAGGAUUCUUUGAUCAAUAAAAGGUUAAAGGACACCAUUUAUUUAAGAUUUAUAACAAUAUACACUGCUGUCCGAGGCUGUUCACUGCUGUUUUUUAAAAGACAUUAAGACUUUUAUUCACCAAGGAUGUGUUAAAUUGCUAGCAUAGAUUUACACCGUUAUACAUCAAAAAAAUCCAUUCAAAAAAUGGUUUAGCUAUGAUAAUCAGACGGUUAUCUUUCUAAAAUGGCAGCAGUUCAGGGGUAAGAGAAGAAAAAAAUUACAACCCUUUCAUCUUUCUCCAGAUGUGCUGUAGUUUCUUCUAUUCCAGCGGGAGCUACCUACAGCUACUCGUGUGAUGGGAUGGAGGGACGCUAUGUUACGGUGAAUAUUCCUGGAGACUCAAAGAUUCUUACUCUCUGUGAAGUGGGAGUCUACGUUAUCUCAGGUAAUUUGGCGAUAGGAAGAACCGCCACACAAUCAUCCACCUAUGGAAGCUGGUCUGCUGAACAAGCCAUUGACUUCAAUCCAGGUUUUAUACAGCCAUCGACAUUGUGUUCCUCAACCGAUACUCAGACUAACCCAUGGUGGAGGCUUGAUCUGGGCUCUGUGUACAGAGUUAAUAGAGUGGUCGUCACAAACAGACUAGACUGCUGUCCAGAACGAAUAAAAGCUGAGAUUCACAUCGGAAACUCUUUGGAGAACAACGGCAACAACAAUCCCAGAUGUGCUGUGAUUCCUAGUAUUCCAGCUGGCGCUUCCUCCACCUUCACAUGUAACGAUAUGGAGGGUCGAUACGUCAAUCUGUUCAUUUCUGUAAAUUCACAGUAUCUUACUCUUUGUGAGGUGGAGGUCUAUGGAGAAGACGACACUUGUGAAGAAGGAACUGAAGUCUGAGUCUGUCUGAAACUCCAGCUCCAGUCACAGGUGAGAGAGACAGACAUGCAGAAGUAUGAACAUCACGUCACACUGAUAAGAGAUCUGCUCAUUCACUUUCAGUCCGUUCUGGUGGAAAGAGGCUUUUCUGACGCCGCGCUGCUGUGAUCUCAACCACAGGAAAAGGAAGUGAUGUUGAAGGAAGCUGCGCCAAGUCAAUGUGUUCAUACAGGCACUGUAAAACUGAUAAGGUUGCUUAUGAAUUGCUUAUGAAUUAAGAAGUUUUGCAUUCAGUAUAAGAACAUAAACAAUAUAUCUUGAAUUUUAAUCAUAAAAAAAAUUACAUCUAAGGUCUGGGUCAUGUUUGUAAAGAUGGAAACCUGGUUUCAUAAAGAAAUAUGUAACUUUGAGAGUGGUGCUAAAACACGGUUUCAAUACACAAACUCUUUUUAUUACCAUGACUCGGGUAAAAAUUGCUGUGUUUUUAUCAUGUUGCUUUAGUUAUGUAUUUUACGGUUCAGUUGCAAAAGGUUAAUGCUGGAAAUAUGCCCUACACCAAAUCCUACCCUAAACCUACCUGAUAGUGUUAACAAAUGUGAAACUGAUAGAAAAAGGCAUUUGUUGAUACAACCGUGCCAUUUCAACUUACUUUUAUCCAGAUCUGAAAUUUUUAUUAA